AUUUAGGCAGACAUAUCAAGCUUCUGGUUUGGGGGCUGCAUUAGACUCUCUCUUUCCUACUUGUAUAUAAGUUAACCUUUCUGUCUGUAUUACAGGGACGACACCAUCGUAAAGGCGUGGUAGCGGUGAAGAUCGCCAACAUCAGCCGAGAUGAAGAGUCAGUCUGCAGGGAGCUGAAGUUUCUCCAGCAGUUCGGAGGCCACAAGAACAUCGCCUCUUACUAUGGAGCCUACUACAGGGCUCCACUCACAGAGUGCUCAUCGGAGCUCUUGGAAGUAAGACAUUAUUUACUGUAUCAUGUUCAUUCCUCUUGUGCCAAAGCAAUCUCCACUGGUAGUGAUAGAAUACAUGACCUUAAAUAAUUUCUGUAUAUUGCAGGUUGUUCUCGAGUUCUGUGGUGGAGGCUCUCUCUUCAAUCUCAUCCACAAGACCAAUGGCCAAUCCCUGAAGGAGACCUGGAUUGGCUAUGUCUGCAAGGAGGUUUUAAAGGGGCUGCACCACAUCCACAAGAACCGGGCCGUUCAUAGAGACAUCAAGAGCCUGAACAUCAUGCUCACAGAGACGGCCAAAGUGAAGAUCAUCGACUUUGGAAACAGCUGGGACCUGGACCCGCAGACUGGAUUGUGCCACGAAGCAGACGGGACUGCACAUUGGAUGGCACCCGAGGCCAUAAGGCAGAAGGGCCAGCGCCUGGCGUACGACACCAAAUGUGACAUCUGGUCGCUGGGGAUAACCGCCAUCGAAAUGGCCGAGGGAAAAGCACCAUAUGCAGAUCAAUACCCCGUGGAGCACAUUAUAAGAGAAGCCCAACCACCGAAGCUUCAAUCAAACAGAUGGUCACAACGUUUUGUGUCCUUCUUGGAGUCCUGUCUGAAGAAGGAUCCUUCGGAGAGAGGGAGUGCUGAGGAACUCCUGCAGCACCCAUUCAUCACCCAACUGCCACCUAAGAAGAUCAGGGCUGAGAUUGAAGAACAUCUCCGGACUCUGCUGAACCGGCCGGCCAAGAAAGGACUGAAGGCUCUCUGGACCCUGAAGCUGCGGCGUGCUUGUGUCUUCUGCACACAGACAUCGGCAGAACAAGAAGCAGCUCUGCAAAUGGCCCUGGAGGGCUUCUCCUGUAAUUGAUCUUGUGGCCAUUAACAUCAACAGCCCAGAAUGAGUUUCCUGAAUCACAGCCGAGGAAAAAGAAACAUCCACAGGAUCCAGUGGUGUCUGCAGCUCCACCAGCAACAUCUCCUUUCAAGCUGAUGCAGUUCAGAAAGUGCACCUACAACUACACCAACAGGGGCUUUAUCUCCUUCUGUAGCUCCAUGAUUAUAUUCUUUUCAGACUACCACAUCUCCACCAGUGGUGUCUUUGCUCCAGUUUACAUCCCUCCACCCACACACAUCUCCCCCUCACUUUCCAACUGCCACAGUUCCAUCCAUCUUCCUAUACUACAACUCCAACAUCUUGCCUUAAGCAUCUACAUUUCACAAAACCAUAGCUCCAACAUUCAUAGUCACCUCUACAGCACUAGCAGCAUUCACAUUUUCAAACACCAUAGCUCCACUAUUAGGACCUUAGUUUUCAUUAGUAUCCAAUUACCACAUCUCCACCCAAGGACUUUUCAUUUAACUUUAGCUCCACCACCAGCCCUUAUCCCAUAUUUUACCUCUACCCGCAAGCCCUGUACUUGUGCUAUUCCACCAAUAUCUUAUUAUUAUUAUAUUAUAUCAUUAUUAUAUUAUAUUAUUAUAUUAUUAUUAUAUUAUUAUUAUAUUAUUAUUAUAUUAUUUACAUAUCAUCAAGAGUUUCUCCUCUUGAAAAUAUCUUUUAAUCCUUGCCCUUCUUCCUGCACCUCCAUUGGUUCUUCCAUUCCACCAAUACCAAGACAUUUAGUCACACCACACAGCACACACUAAAAUGCUGCCCCCUACACAGAGGCUUCUCUUCUCCACUUUUUCUUUUGCCUCCCUCCCCCUGCAAUCUCCUAACACGAAUUCCUCAGUGCUUUCUCCUGUUCAAAUUCUUUCCUUUCUAAAUUCUAUCCUUUCAAGGCUUCCACUCAACAACCAGUCACAUCUCCUACUCUAAACCCUGACAUAAACUCUUAGUAGUGAUACUGACAUAAACUCAUAGUACAAGUUGAUCCAGGGACUUGUCCGAUUGCCCUUUGGGA